UCCACCCCUUUUUACUUGCCUGAACACUCGACUGCCAUUCCCUGAAGCAAAAGCCCCACUAAUAUUUAAUGUCUCCAACGCUUGCAUAUGUGUCUUUGAGGAAUUAAAGUUUGAUCUCGAGUCAUACACAUACCUUUGAUUCCGCCUGGAGUUUCUCCAUUUCUUUGGGGCUUUACAUUCUUUCCACAAUGGCUACGGGCGAUAACGACAACCAUCAAUCUCCAGAGUGGGUCCUCAAAAUCAAGUGGUACCUCGACCAAGGGCUCGCUCCUGAUGCGAAGAGUACAUGGACCAUCGGUAAAGUCCCUGAGAAGUGGAGUUGUGUUCGCGAUUCCGCAUUCCAUGGAGAAAUGGUAGAUAUCGGUCCCCUCUACAUAUAUAAUCGACAGGGAUUCUAUAGCUAUAGCUCAUUCGGUAGUGAUCUCAAGAUGCGGUUUCUAUUCCGCCUUCUGGGAGGCAAGUUGGAGCGGAGGGGAAGGGACGGAGAUGUGUCGAGGACAACCGAGGGGCAGAGAGCGUCCGAUGGCUGCGAACGUGAUGAACACGAUAAUGGCGGUUGGAUGGUGAAAGCCAUGCUUUUGGAUGACCUUGCGGAAGCCAUGCAGAUAUUGGAGCAAAAAACGAGGGCCUGCUAUUCCGAGAGUUUUGGUGACCCAAGCAGCGAGGAAUUCGUGGAGAUGAUGGUGGUUGAUGGUUGCUUCGUGGUUGAACUAUUGCGCCUUUACCACCAGCGUUUCAACCCCCAGUCACCUGAGGUGGCAACUGAGUACGAUCCGAUUUUCACCAACCCCCAGACUCUAACAGCCCUUCGACGCGACCUCCUACUGCUUGUGAACCAACUACCUUUCUUCAUUCUUGAGAAACUGUACGAGCUAAUCAAUAAGAAGAACGAAAUUGAUCAUCAACACGCUGUGCCGCUGGAAGUACUCGCAGUCACCUUCUUCGACCCGCUGUUGCCCCAGCACAAUGCUGCAUCUAAGUUGGACACCAACAAACCCAAGGCUCAUCUGCUCGAUGUUUUCCGCUCUACCUUCGUCAAAUCGGUGAGUGAGAAAGUCCUCAAGAAGGGAAAGAGUGAAGUCAAGUCGCGGUUGAAUCCCAAUGGCAGUAUGAGGGCCUUGUCCGACACUUCGCAUCGGAGCUCCAAGAGGCGGGCAUGCAAUUCAAGAAGCGGAAGGGUCACGACUUACUGGACAUCGAGUUUGAUCACAACACCCUACGGUUUGGUCAAUAGCCCCAGGGACAUUCAGAUCUUCCGCAAGCACGGGAUCAUCAAUCACCUGGGAAGCGAAAACGAGGUGGCGGAACUUUUUAUGAAGUGUAGAGAGCUCAUUUACGAUCUCGAUCUGGGCUACUUGUACAACGAAAUCAAGGAGGUGAAUGAGUAUUGCGAGCAGUACUACGAAAGCAAGUACAGCGUCUGGUGGAGAAGCCUCAUCCGCGAACGUUUCAGUAGUCCGUGGACAUGCCUCUCUCUCUUUGCUGCCAUUAUCCUCUUGCAGCUUACCCUCCUCCAGACGUUUUACACGGUGUACGCUUACUAUCGGCCGCAUUAA